CAUAGUGACUAGUGUGCUCACAGAUCUCUGGAAAAUAUCAGUACUGCAAAUGAGCACCAGAGGUCAGCACAGCAUCAUGUUACUGUCAAGCUGCUGAUGUCUGCAGGCAAAACCCACAACGAAGUCCUGCACCAGCAAAGAUGAACUGUCAUUAAUGACCUUUAUGCUCUGUAACAUCUUAGUCGGUGUCUGUGUUUUCAGUUCCAUGUUAACUACACUAAUUCAAAUAGAUUAGACACAUUUAAGAACAGAAGGCAGUCACUUUACUCUUGAGUACAAUGCAGACCACUUUUGCUUACUUGCUUGUUGUGGAGCAUCAAACAAUAUCACACAGUGGUCCUCAUCAUCUUGAUAAUUCAUCAGCUGUCAAGCUUUUAAACAGAUUUAGACAUAAAAGUUCCAGAAUGCUCAUGUUUGAACACCCUCAAACUUCACCUUGAUGAAGUCUGUGACACUGCCAACAGCUCCGAACAAGCGGUACUGGAGUGACUGGAUUGAUGAACUGCUCUGAAAGCUGUUUGUCACCUAUCUGCAGGUUUAGUGGGUGCCUGGUCGACCUUGUUUCCUCGCACCAACGAGAUCCUGGUUUCCACUGCUAUGAUCACUGGAGUUCUCUGUAUUCUCACUGCGCUUACACAGAUUUCCUUUCUCACUUAAAUACAUGCACAUUGCUUGCAGUAUUACGAGUCUCCCUGCCACUGCCUUUAGGCAAGAAGCUAGCCUCAGCAUUGGCUCCUAGUUGCUUCUUUUGGUCAGGCUGGAUUAAAUGAAGAUGAAUUAAGCAUGACAAGACAAUGAAGCUAAAAAAAAUACUUUCAUUAAGAAUCUGUAACUAAUUACACAAAAGCUGGAUUGUUGGAAUCUGCCCUUUGUGCUGGGUAACAAUUAACCUCACUGUGAUCACCAUUCUCAGCCCAUUACAUGCAUUUUGCCACUGCACACCACGCACAUUGUUCAAUAAUAGCCUCCGGAUGGGUAAUUUUUUUUCACGAUGAGGAGGAGGAGCGGGCGUCUGAGAAGAACCUGUCCCAGACUCAUCCUCUCCACUAUUCUCUAAUCUAACUUUAAUUGCUUGGCCUCAACCUCAAACUUUACUUACUUAAAGAUUCAUUUCCCAAACUACUUGAGAGAAGCUCUGCUCCGCUGGUUCCACACGCUGCCCUCAGGGCCUCUGACAGUGGUAAUUUCUUGAUGAGGCACUUACUCACCCAAAUCAAUUCAUCCCCUUUCUUCACAUCUCCUUGUCUCCUUUCUCCUUUUCCUGUCAGUCUCCUCCAAGGGCUGAUGCAUUCUCCAACAAGCAUCUGUCUUAAGUCAGUGAUCCAUAUAGUAAAGACUGAACAUGUGAAGAAAUGUCCUGUGGAAAUGUCACUAGAAACAAAAAUAAAAUUUUAAAAAAGACAUUGAAAAGUGAGAGCAAAUGGCAGAAUGAGGCAAACAGCAGUGCUGGAGCUCAGGGGUGUAGUCAUCACAGUCGACAUGUGAGAACAGGAGUAGGGUCGGCCCAUGGAGCCAGCUAAUUGAGCUCAGACACAGGUAGGGGCUGUGUUUGAGUAGGUUGUUGCCCCUCUUCCAUGUGGAUGACUACGAACAAAAGGCCUAAUCAAGUUAAUGGAGUGGGAACAAAACGGUGGCUUAACUAGAUGGGCAGCGACAGGUAGAAGGAGAUUUAGGGAGACUGAGUGGAGGACCGGAGCUGCUGACUGGCAGGACACAGGACGAUAAAAUCCCCUGCUUAUACUGUCAGAUCCAUUAGCAGGUGGUUCAGGUCUGGGGAACAUACAGUGACAAGUACUGUGUUAGCGAUCCACACUGCCGAGGAACGCCAGAGCUGAUACUACAGGCCGACAGGCUACAACAGUGAGAACAGCUGCUGGUCUGGCAGCAACAACCUGAACUAUAGAUGACACUACAAAGGAAGAAGACACAGUGGAGGCCCAGACUGGUGUUGUGCUGGUUUCUGCUAUGGAACUGUCUUCAGCCAGACUCUCGCCACCAGGCCUUGGCCAUCAACUUGCAGCGCUUCACUGGCUGUGCAGUCCGGGAGUUCACCUUCCUGGCCAAGAAACCUGGCUGCAGGGGCCUGCACAUCACCACUGACGCCUGCUGGGGGCGCUGCGAGACCUGGGAGAAACCCGUCCUGGACCCUCCUUACACUGAGUCCUACCAGCGUGUUUGCACCUACAACAAGACCCGCCUGGUCACUGUGAAGCUGCCCGGCUGUGAGCGGAACAUCGACCCAACGUACACCUACCCUGUGGCCCUGAGAUGUGACUGUGGAGUCUGUCUGACCAGCACCACUGAAUGUUUAACAUCUGUGUGACACUAGGCUGAACAGGCAGAAACUGUUCACACUGCUUUAAAAGUUGGAUUUCAUCUGAAAUGUACUCUGCCAUCAAGACUGACUAGUUUCUGUCUUUACUUUUCAAAUUAAAAAAGAAGAAUAACUGAGAAUCUAUCUGUAUUUAUUUUGAGUCUAUAAUAGAGUAUAAUCAACCUGGUAACCUUUGUCACACAAUGAUCAGGAUAUCUGUGUUUUCUCUCCAUGUUCUGAUCAGGAUAUCUGUGUUUUCUCUCCAUGUUCUGAGCUGUCCUCAUAACAAGAGGACACAACUUGCUCUCAGUGACAGGUGUCAAGACGGCUUCUGGAUAAGUGACGACAUAAAAAAAUAAUGGCUCAUCUGCUUGAUCUGAUUCUUAAAUAGCACCAGAAUUUUUAUAUGAAAACAUGAAAAAAUUGGAAUAAUGAACCUUA